GCGUAGAUUGAAGGGUCAGAUAUUGCCAGCAGUGGUUAACUGUGAAUUUAAAAAAAUGAACACCCUGAUGGCCAAAGUGGACCAUAAAUGGAUUUCUUUCACUUUGAGACGUUCAUGGAUGGCAACUAUGGUAGCUUCCAAGGCCCAUUUUUCCACAAUUCCCCCUCAACCCGUCAUCCCGUCUAAGAAGCCUUUCAAAGUGGAUCUUGUUGGUGGAAAGCGUUAUUCCUGGUGCACCUGUGGGCACAGCAAGAAACAGCCUUUUUGCGACGGAUCGCACAAGUCCAAAGCCCAAGGCCUGUCCCCACUGCGUUUCCUCCCGGAGAAAGAUGCCACCGUUUGGUUGUGUGGCUGCAAGUACACUAGCAACCCGCCAUAUUGCGACGGAACACACAAGCAGGACUUCAUACAAUCCGCUCUUCUCCAUACACACACUAACAGUUCAACUGCAGACUAAUAUGACCUGGGGUUGAUAAGGCAAAACAUUUUGUGUACUUUGCGUGUCUGUACUGCCCUCUGCAGUAUGCACCCUGAAUAACAGCUCACAACUCUCACUCUCACCAUUCAUUAAAUUGUUAACAAAAGUCAAGAGGCUCAAAUGAUGUGAGCGUUCUUUUUCUACCACCGAUUCCAACUGUGCCUUAGACGUGAUGCAAACGAUGGUGGGUGGGCGGGUGGCAAUACUGCAUAGCAGUGGUUCCCAAAGUGGGGUAGGGCACGUAAUAUUACGUGAGUGGAGAUUUGAAAAUUAGGCUUUAUUGAUGGUUGUAUGUUUUUUUGUAUUCUAGAUUUUUUUAAAAAGUGGGUAGUGGUUCUUUUAGAGUUGGGAGAUCAUGGAAAUAUUCCACUUAUACAUAUAAUGGACACUUCAUACUCAACAGGCAGCAUCAAAACUAGCUGGGACGCAGGUUGCCGCUGCAUUCAGGUACACUUGAAAAUCACAGCAAACACAGCCACACAUGCACAUGCAGUCUAAAGUAGGUGACAUUUAAAGCCAGCACUGGUUGCUCAUACAACAAUAAGAGAAAGUUCUAACAGACAUCAAUGUUAAACCUUUGGACGGAUACUGCUUUAUCAUGAUUGGUCAACUUUUCUCUUUGAUUUGCUAUGACUUGAAUAUGCUGACAUAAGCCUUUGCCAUCCUGAGUGGACAAAAUAGAGAAGCUCUAUUCAAAUGAAAUGGAUUGAAAGGGAAGGAUGCCUACAUCAGAGUGGAAUAAAAGAUAUACUGUAUAGGAUGAUCAUUUAUCUAUUUAGCAGUGCUCAUGGCAAACUUUAAUUUUGCUAUGCUAAAUGCACAUUUUUCACCCGGAAUUACAAUAAAAUGAAUGAACCAACAAACUAUCGUCAAUAUUUCAAAUUAAUGAACACAACAAGGUUUAUGUUUUUGAAGCGUGCAGUAGUAGGGGGUACGUGGCUUCGGGUGAAAUGUCUAAAGAGGUUCAUGACUGUACAGUUUGGGAACCACAGGUAAAAUCUUCUCUUGCCUCGUGAGCUGAGUGUCUCAUGACAGCUCUAAUGUUGGAUUAUCCUACCAAUGUGCAAAAUGGAGGAGUGAACCAGCAGCAAUUAGGCAGAGAGUCCAAAACGCAGCAAGAUUCCAGCCUAGUAACCUCGGAAAAAAACACAAUAUCACAUGAAAACCACCAAUAACUCCCUGAAGCUGGAAAAUAGUCGGAAAUAGUGUCCAAACAUGUCCAAAGUUUGGACAACUCCAUACAUCUGUACCAAGAAAAACAAAUAGAAGUGAAAAUGUAAGAAAUGCCCACAUUUGUUGUUCAGGUGGAACAGAGCCUUAAACAAGUGGGAGAGUGCUUAGCACAGUGAUACAUGCUUCCAUGUCACUAGAUUUGUCAAGGAGCCCCCAGAGGUCCAAUUACUGGCUAAACAUAGUGACAAUGGGGCUAAGUUGGCAACACCGAUCCCUCCUGCUACAUCUUAUUCUCUGGCAGGCCAGGCGUGUUAUGUAUGAGGUAGUGGCAAAUGAAUUUGUUUGGGGCUGUCUUACGUACGUAUAUAAAUGCGUGUUAGUCCCACGCUUUUAAGUGUUGUCAGUCCUACGUGAGCGUUUACGAGCUUGGUGGUUGAGUUUUUCCAGUUCGAUUCCUAGCGUCCCGGUGUUCUUCAGGAAAUGAUGAAUUGGACACUUGGAUCAGAAUACCUAUUAAGUAAACGUUUUAUUGACCUAAAACAUGCACAUAUGGCUGAUCAAAGCAUUUUGUUUUUGUUGGAACAGACCAAACAAAAGGAAUGUUGAAUUUGAUAAAAGAACAUGGCCAAGUAUUGAAAAUCCCUUUGGAGUUCUCGUGACGGACGUGAGAGAAGGUGUCCAGCGAGCGGGCGUGGUAGUGCUUAGAAAAGUGACAAAUACUUGUUGGUUGGGACUGUGGAAAGUGCAUCAACAGUUCAGUCAUGAGAGUGGUGCCUGAUGAUUGCUUUUCCUGGACACGUACAGCAGUAGAUCCUUCGUUCUUCAUAUUUCAAUCGUGCAUUGACUCGCACUGCAAUGCUUCACAGCAUUUUGUCCCAUUUUACAGAAGCCAAAUGAAAAGUAGAAAUGGAACGAACCACUGCAUAUACAAUACAAAAUGAUUACAAUGUCUUGUAUAAAAGAUAAGUUUAUACAUAUGUAUGCACACAUGGUCACAUUUGAUACAUACUGUACAGUCUGUAUGUGUGCACUGUUCUAGUCUAACACACAUGAGGCACGCACGCACGCGCACACACACACACACACACACACACACACAGUUUCUAUUUGGCUGCACUUCAGUCUGUCACGGUGAAAACUGCCUCUUAAGUCCCAAAGGCAGAAGGUUCCAGUGUUUUUGCUCUGCACAAAUCCAAACACUGUCCUCCCUCCUGUCAUGCAGACAUUAGGUCGGAGGAGGCAAACCGCUUUUGUCUCCACCCCUGGCGUCCUCCUUGCUGGCCGCCGAGCUUGUGCCAUUGACAGUCAGCUUCCGGGCGGAGGACACGCCCUGUUUGGAGGAGAGGGCGUGUCGCUGAGUGUUGCUGGGCACAGUGGUACCGUUGGAGUUCUGGAUGGCAGGAGAGAGGUUGUGAGGCGCGGGGCUGGACUGCGAGGAGGCCCGUGGCGGCUGCGCCGAAGAGGGACUGUGGACUUUGUCGCUCUGGGAGUCGCUCUCUGAGGUCGGGCUGGUGUUGACGCCGUCGGAGUGGCCCUGGGCCGCUGACUGGGCUGGCCUCCUGCGCUUCCUUGUGGGCUUCACCAAGUACUGUAGCGGGAUGGGGCCGGUCUGCACACACAGAACCACCAUCAUGUAUUACAUUCUACACAGUACAGGGGUGGACAAAGUGUGGCCUGGGUGCCUUUUCCAACCUCACUAGGGUCACGGGUAUGCUGGAACCUAUCCCAGCUGAAAAAAAUAUUUUCAAGAAAAAAGAAUAAAACACAACAGAAAAGGUGUAAUUUUUUAUA